AGCAGCUGGACGGGACCGACACCGAGAACCCGAACCUCGUCCUUCCUGCUGGUGUUGUGAUGCGGUUCUACUGACCCACCAGAACCAGAACCAGGACCGGUACCGGUACCAGGACCAGGACCAGGACUCUGGUCCACCAGGACUAAACCAGAACCAGCACCAGAACCUCCGGGACUGGACCAGAACCAGAACCAGCACCGAGGCCGCUGACGCAGGAGAAUCCCCCGGGUCGGACCAGAACCGAACCGGACCUUCACCCGAGCAGGUAAUGCGAUGGUCCCAGCAGCUCGUCCAGGUCUCCAGCUGCUCGCGUCGCUCUCUCGUGUGCUCGGCCUCUCUUCCCUCUGCGCUACAGCUGAGCGGGCUGUGAUUUCCCUCCGGGCCAGCGCUCCCUAAAAGGCCAAGAUUGCCAAGAUCUGCCCCGUGGCGAGCAUGACGGCCACCACGCGUGGCUCUCCGGUGGGGGGCAACGACAGCCAGGGCCAGGGCCAGGGCCAGGGCCAGGGCCAGGCCCCCGAUGCUCAGAGCCAACCGCCGCUGCCCCAGAACCAGACAUCGUCUCCCAACUCGUCCAAUGAGAACUCCCCGGUGAGCCCCCCGGACGAGCAGGGCCAGGGGGACGGACCCCCCCAGCUGGAGGAGGAGGAGCCGGCCUUCCCCCACACCGACCUGGCCAAGCUGGACGACAUGAUCAACAGGCCUCGCUGGGUCGUUCCCGUUCUGCCAAAAGGAGAGUUGGAAGUUCUCUUGGAAGCUGCUAUUGACCUCAGUAAAAAAGGACUGGAUGUGAAGUGCGAGGCGUGUCAGAGGUUCUUCAGAGACGGACUCACCAUCUCCUUCACCAAGAUCCUGACGGACGAGGCCGUCAGUGGCUGGAAGUUUGAGAUCCACCGGUGCAUCAUCAACAACACCCACCGCCUGGUGGAGCUGUGCGUGGCUAAGCUUUCCCAGGACUGGUUUCCUCUGCUGGAGCUGCUGGCCAUGGCCACCAACCCCCACUGCAAGUUCCACAUCUACAACGGCACGCGGCCGUCCGAGACCGUCCCCGCCGGGGCCCAGCUGGCCGACGACGAGCUGUACGCCCGGCCGCCCGACCCGCGCUCCCCCAAGGGCUGGCUGGUGGACUUAAUAAACAAGUUUGGCACGUUAAACGGGUUUCAAAUUUUGCACGAUCGCUUCAUGAGCGGCCAAGCACUGAACGUCCAGAUCAUCGCUGCACUUAUCAAGCCGUUCGGCCAGUGUUACGAGUUCCUCACGCUGCACACGGUCAAGAAGUACUUCCUUCCAGUCAUCGAGAUGGUUCCCCAGUUCCUGGAGAAUCUCACGGACGAGGAGCUCAAGAAAGAGGCCAAGAACGAAGCCAAAAACGAUGCACUGUCCAUGAUAAUCAAGUCUCUGAAGAACCUGGCCUCCCGCGUGCCGGGCCAGGAGGAGACUGUGAAAAAUCUAGAGAUUUUUAGGUUAAAAAUGAUUCUUAGGUUAUUGCAAAUUUCUUCAUUUAAUGGCAAAAUGAAUGCACUAAAUGAGGUGAACAAGGUGAUCUCCAGCGUGUCCUACUACACGCACCGGCACAACCCCGAGGAGGAGGAGUGGCUGACGGCCGAGCGCAUGGCGGAAUGGAUCCAGCAGAACCACAUCCUGUCCAUCGUGCUCAGGGACAGUCUGCACCAGCCCCAGUACGUGGAGAAGCUGGAGAAGAUCCUGCGCUUCGUUAUCAAGGAGAAGGCUCUGACCAUGCAGGACCUGGACAACAUCUGGGCCGCUCAGGCCGGGAAACACGAGGCCAUCGUGAAGAACGUCCACGACCUGCUGGCCAAGCUGGCCUGGGACUUCUCCCCCGAGCAGCUGGACCACCUGUUUGACUGUUUCAAGGCCAGCUGGACCAACGCCAGCAAGAAGCAGCGGGAGAAGCUGCUGGAGCUGAUCCGGCGUCUGGCCGAGGACGACAAGGACGGCGUGAUGGCCCACAAGGUUCUGAACCUGCUGUGGAACCUGGCGCACAGCGACGACGUCCCGGUGGACAUCAUGGACCAGGCCCUGAGUGCCCACAUCAAGAUCCUGGACUACAGCUGCUCCCAGGACCGAGACACCCAGAAGAUCCAGUGGAUCGACCGCUUCAUCGAGGAGCUGCGGACCAACGACAAGUGGGUGAUCCCUGCUCUGAAGCAGAUCAGAGAAAUCUGUAGCCUGUUUGGAGAAGCUCCCCAGAACCUGAGAAAGAAAAUGCCAAUUAACAUACUAAAGAACUUAGUGGGUCAGACCCAGCGGAGUCCCCACGUCUUCUACCGCCACGACCUGAUCAACCAGCUGCAGCACAACCACGCCCUGGUCACGCUGGUGGCCGAGAACCUGUCGGCCUACAUGGAGACCAUGAGGCAGCUGUCCAAAGAAGAGCAAGCGGAGUUCGACCCCCAGACGGUCCGGCCCGGGAGCCGCUACAGCCACGUCCAGGAGGUUCAGGAGCGGCUCAACUUCCUAAGGUUCCUGCUGAAGGACGGCCAGCUCUGGCUCUGUGCUCCACAGGCCAAGCAGAUCUGGAAGUGUCUGGCGGAGAACGCCGUGUUCCUGUGUGACCGCGAGGCCUGUUUCAAGUGGUACUCCAAGCUGAUGGGGGACGAGCCGGACCUGGACCCGGACAUCAACAAGGACUUCUUUGAGAACAACGUGCUGCAGCUGGACCCGUCCCUGCUCACGGAGAACGGCAUGAAGUGUUUCGAGAGAUUCUUCAAGGCCGUCAACUGCAGGGAGGGCAAGCUGGUGGCCAAACGCCGCGCAUACAUGAUGGACGACCUGGAGCUGAUCGGCCUGGACUACCUGUGGAGGGUGGUGAUUCAAGGAAGUGACGACAUCGCGACCCGAGCCAUCGACCUGCUGAAGGAGAUCUACACCAACCUGGGACCCAAACUACAAGUCAACCAGGUGGAGAUCCACGAGGACUUCAUCCAGUCGUGCUUCGACCGGCUGAAGGCGUCCUACGACACGCUGUGCGUGCUGGACGGGGACAAGGACAGCAUCAACUGUGCCCGGCAGGAGGCGAUCCGCAUGGUCCGGGUGCUCACGGUUCUGAAGGAAUACAUCAACGAGUGUGACAGCGACUACCACGAGGAGAGGACCAUCCUGCCCAUGUCCAGAGCUUUCCGGGGGAAGCACAUCACCCUGAUCGUCCGCUUCCCCAACCAGGGCCGGCAGGUGGACGACCUGGACAUCUGGUCCCACACCAACGACACCAUCGGCUCGGUGCGCCGCGCCAUCCUCAACCGCAUCAAGGCCAACGCCGCGCACACCAAGAUCGAGCUGUUCAUCGGGGGCGAGGUGGUGGACCCGGCCGACGACCGCAAGCUGAUCGGACAGCUCAACCUGAAGGACAAGACGCUGAUCACGGCCAAGCUGACCCAGGUGAGCGCCAACAUGCCCUCCAGUCCGGACAGCUCCUCAGACUCGUCCACGGGCUCCCCCGGUAACCACGGCAACCACUACAGCGACGGGCCCAACCCCGAGGUGGAGAGCUGCCUCCCCGGAGUGAUCAUGUCGCUGCAUCUGCGCUACAUCUCCUUCCUGUGGCAGAUCGCUGACCUGGGCUGCAACCUGAACAUGCCUCAGCUGCGGGACGGAGCCCGAGUCCUGAUGAAGCUGAUGCCCCCAGAUAACACCACGGUGGAGAACCUCAGGGCCGUGUGUCUGGACCACGCCAAGCUGGGGGAGAACAGCCUCAGUCCGUCGCUGGACUCCUGCUUCUUCGGCCCAUCGCCCUCACAAGUGCUGUACCUCAUCGAGGUCGUCUACGCGCUGCUGAUGCCCGCCAGCGCCACGCUGGGAGAGGACGCCAGCGACUUCCAGUACAACUUCCUGAAGAGCGGCGGGCUGCCGCUGGUGCUGAGCAUGCUGACCCGGAACAACUUCCUGCCGUCGGCGGACAUGGAGACGCGGCGGGGGGCGUACCUGAACGCCCUGAAGAUCGCCAAGCUGCUGCUGACGGCCGUGGGCUACGGCCACGUGAAGGCCGUGGCCGAGGCCUGCCAGCCCAACGCCGAGGGCAACGUGCCCGUGUCCCCGAUCAACCAGGCCACCCACGACCAGGCGCUGGUGCUGCAGAGCGCCCUGCAGAACAUCCCCAACCCCGCCUCCGAGUGCAUGCUGCGCAACGUGGCCAUCCGGCUGGCCCAGCAGAUCUCUGACGAGAAUUUCUUCCAGGCAUCAAAGUACAUCCCAGACAUUUGUGUGAUCCGAGCUGUGCAGAAAAUCGUUUGGGCGUCGGGCUGCGGGACGGUGCAGCUGGUGUUCAGCUCCAACGAGGACAUCAGCCGGAUCUACGAGAAGACCAACGCUGCCAAGGAGCCGGACGGGGAGGACGAGCAGGUCUGCUGCGAGGCCCUGGAGGUGAUGACGCUGUGCUUCGCCCUCAUGCCCACGGCGCUGGACACGCUGAGCAAGGAGAAGGCCUGGCAGACCUUCAUCAUCGACCUGCUGCUGCACUGCCACAGCAGGUCGGUGCGUCAGAUGGCCCAGGAGCAGUUCUUCCUCAUGGCCACCAGGUGCUGCAUGGGCCACCGGCCGCUGCUGUUCUUCAUCACGCUGCUCUUCACCGUGCUGGGGAGCACGGCCAGGGAACGAGCCAAACACGCCGGCGACUACUUCACGCUGCUGCGUCACCUGCUGAACUACGCCUACAACUCCAACAUCAACCUGCCCAACGCCGAGGUUCUGCUGAACAACGAGAUCGACUGGCUCAAGAGGAUACGGGACGAGGUGAAGCGGUCCGGGGAGACGGGCGUGGAGGAGACGAUCCUGGAGGGACACAUCGGCGUCACCAAGGAGCUGCUGGCCUUCCAGACUCCGGAGAAGAAGUUCUACAUCGGCAGUGAGAAGGGCGGGGCCAACCUCAUCAAGGAGCUGAUCGACGACUUCAUCUUCCCGGCCUCCAACGUGUACCUGCAGUACAUGAAGAGCGGGGAGUUCCCGGCGGAGCAGGCCAUCCCCGUGUGCAGCGCCCCCGCCUCCAUCAACGCCGGCUUUGAGCUGCUGGUGGCGCUGGCCGUCGGCUGCGUCCGCAACCUGAAGCAGAUCGUGGACACGCUGACCGACAUGUACUACCUAGGCUGCGAGGCGCUGACGGAGUGGGAGUACCUGCCCCCGGUGGGGCCCCGGCCCACCAAGGGCUUCGUGGGGCUGAAGAACGCGGGGGCCACGUGCUACAUGAACUCUGUGAUCCAGCAGCUCUACAUGAUCCCCCCCAUCCGGAACGGGAUCCUGGCCAUCGAGGGGACGGGGACGGACGUGGACGACGACAUGUCUGGGGACGAGAAGCAGGAGAACGAGAGCAACGUGGACCCCCGGGACGACGUGUUCUCCUACCACCACCAGUUCGAGGACAAGCCGUCGGGGAAGUCGGAGGACAGGAAGGAGUACAACAUCGGGGUGCUGCGCCACCUGCAGGUCAUCUUCGGACACCUGGCCGCGUCCCGGCUGCAGUACUACGUCCCCCGGGGGUUCUGGAAGCAGUUCAGGUUGUGGGGGGAGCCGGUGAACCUGAGGGAGCAGCACGACGCCCUGGAGUUCUUCAACUCCCUGGUGGACAGUCUGGACGAGGCCCUGAAGGCCCUGGGACACCCGGCCAUGCUCAGCAAGGUGCUGGGGGGAUCCUUCGCCGACCAAAAGAUCUGCCAGGGCUGCCCCCACAGGUAUGAGUGCGAGGAAUCGUUCACCACCCUCAACGUGGACAUCAGGAACCACCAGAACCUGCUGGACUCCAUGGAGCAGUACGUGAAGGGGGACCUGCUGGAGGGGGCCAACGCCUACCACUGUGAGAAGUGCAAUAAGAAGGUGGACACGGUGAAGCGGCUGCUGAUCAAGAAGCUGCCGCCCGUCCUGGCCAUCCAGCUGAAGCGCUUCGACUACGACUGGGAGCGUGAGUGCGCCAUCAAGUUCAACGACUACUUUGAGUUCCCGCGGGAGCUGGACAUGGAGCCCUACACGGUGGCUGGCGUGGCCAAGCUGGAGGGCGACGACGUGAACCCGGAGAACCAGGUGAUCCAGCAGAACGAGCCGUCGGAGCCGUCGCCGCCCGGCAGCUCCAAGUACCGGCUGGUGGGCGUGCUGGUGCACUCGGGCCAGGCCAGCGGCGGACACUACUACUCCUACAUCAUCCAGAGGAACGGCGGCGACGGGGAGAAGAACCGCUGGUACAAGUUCGACGACGGGGACGUGACGGAGUGCAAGAUGGAUGACGAGGAGGAGAUGAAGAACCAGUGCUUCGGCGGGGAGUACAUGGGCGAGGUGUUCGACCACAUGAUGAAGAGGAUGUCGUACCGGCGGCAGAAGCGCUGGUGGAACGCUUACAUCCUGUUCUACGAGCGCAUGGACUCCCUGGACAAGGACAGCGAACUGGUCAAGUACAUCUCGGACCUGACGAUCUCGUCCAGCAAGCCGCACCAGGUCAAGAUGCCCACGGUCAUCGAGUGCAGCGUCCGCAAGCAGAACGUCCAAUUCAUGCACAACCGAAUGCAAUACAGCCUGGAAUAUUUCCAGUUCAUAAAGAAACUGCUGACCUGUAACAGUGUCUAUUUAAACCCUCCUCCAGGUCAGGACCACCUCCUCCCCGAGGCCGAGGAGAUCGCCAUGAUCAGUGCUCAGCUGGCAGCCCGGUUCCUAUUCAGCACCGGGUUCCACACCAAGAAGGUGGUGAGAGGCCCGGCCAGCGACUGGUACGACGGCCUCUGCAUCCUGCUGAGACACAGUAAGAACGUGCGGUUCUGGUUCUCCCACCACGUGCUGUUCUCGUCCCCGGCCCGGUUCUCCGAGUACCUGCUGGAAUGUCCCAGCGCCGAGGUCCGCGGAGCCUUCGCCAAGCUCAUCGUCUUCAUCGCUCACUUUUCCCUGCAGGACGGGCCCUGCCCUCCCCCCACCGCCUCGCCGGGGCCCUCCACACAGGGCCCUGAUAACCUGAGUCUGAGUGACCACCUACUAAGGGCCGUGCUGAACCUGCUGCGGAGAGAAGUGUCUGAACACGGCCGGCACCUGCAGCAAUACUUCAACCUGUUCGUCAUGUACGCAAACCUGGGCCUGGCGGAAAAGACGCAGCUGCUGAAGCUGAACGUCCCGGCCACAUUCAUGCUGGUGGCCCUGGACGAGGGGCCCGGCCCCCCCAUCAAGUACCAGUACGCCGAGCUGGGAAAGCUCUACACCGUGGUUUCGCAGCUGGUGCGCUGCUGCGACGUGGCGUCGCGCAUGCAGUCCUCCAUCAACGGAAACCCCCCCCUCCCAAACCCGUACGGCGACACCAACCUGACGGCGGCGGUGAUGGCGGUGCAGCAGCUCGUGGCCGAGAUCCUGUUUGUGAGGACGAGCUACGUGAAGAAGAUCAUCGAGGACUGCAGCAACUCGGAGGAGACGGUGAAGCUGCUGCGCUUCUGCUGCUGGGAGAACCCGCAGUUCUCCUCCACCGUGCUGAGCGAGCUGCUGUGGCAGGUGGCGUACUCCUACACCUACGAGCUGAGGCCUUACCUGGACCUGCUGUUGCAGAUCCUGCUGAUCGAGGACUCCUGGCAGACACACAGGAUCCACAACGUCCUGAAGGGAAUCCCCGACGACCGGGACGGGCUGUUUGACACCAUCCAGCGCUCCAAGAACCACUACCAGAAACGAGCCUAUCAGUGCAUCAAGUGCAUGGUGGCGCUGUUCAGCAACUGCAGCGUGGCCUACCAGAUCCUGCAGAGUAACGGGGACCUGAAGCGGAAGUGGACGUGGGCGGUGGAGUGGCUGGGGGACGAGCUGGAGCGGAGGCCGUACACCGGAACCCCCCAGUACACCUACAACAACUGGUCUCCUCCGGUCCAGAGCAACGAGACCUCCAACGGCUACUUCCUGGAGCGUUCACACAGCGCCCGCAUGACGCUGGCCAAAGCCUGCGAGCUCUGUCCAGAAGAGCUCAAGUGUACUCAGGGAAGUCCAGGGAAGGAGCCGGAUGAACAGGAAGCACCUGACGACCAAGACUCGUCCCCCCCGGAGGACACGUCUCUGUACCCACAUUCUCCUGGGACGGCCCAGUUCCAGCAGAACAACCACCCCCCCCACGGGCAGCCGUACACCGGGCCGGCCGCUCAGCACAUGAACAACCCACAGCGACCCGGCCCCGCCCCCGGACCCUCCCCCGCCCCCGGGCCGACCCAGCCGCCCACCACGGCCCCCCCCAGCACCACUCCUGGAUCUGGAUCAGGCCCGCGAGCACAAGAGACCUGGGAGGGCCCGGAGGAGGCCCCGGCCCCCGCCCCCGCCUCCACCCCGGCCCCCGCCCCCCCCAAGGAGUAAAGCUCCCCGCGCUGCUGCCGUGCCUCAAGCCUCCGUCGCCCCCCCCCCUCCUCGCUCCUCGCCGCCCCCCCACCGCCGGCCCGAGGGAGGGGGGGGAGCCAGGCCUCCCGCCUCCUCCCUCCCCCGGCCUGCUCCUCCCAGCCGGCCUCCGGGAGCCCCCCCUCCCCUGGACCUGGUCUCUGGUCCCCCCCCCCCCCCUCUCUGGACCAGGUCUUUGGUCCCCCCCCCCCCCGCGGCGGCAGAGGCGAGCUGGGACGAGGAACCAGACUGAGCUGGAGAUGAAAGGUGUACAUAGUAUGUUCAUGUUCUUGACUGUUGGACCCCCGAGCACCACGUGCUGCCGGGACCCGAUGACAACAAAAUGGAUAUUAUAAAUAAGAAAAUUCCCCAAAAACUAAGAAGACGACGACUCCUCUUGACCACCGCGGUGGUUCCGGACCGGACCGGUUCUCUGAAGACUCUGCAGCUCCUCGGCUCCUCCUGCUCAUGCCAAAUCCACCUCCGGCCGCGGUUGGUUUCAGUGUGGCGGCGGGACGGUUGGCUGGACUUAACGCUGUUUGGUUGGUGUGAAACGCAGUGAUGCAAACGUUGUUCUGAAACUCAUUGCCUUUCUUUCUUUUCUUUUCUUUCGUUUGUUCUGGUAAUUGAUUCAAUCCUUUUGAAGCUCUAGUUAAUAUGCUGUAACAUUUAGCAUGGCUUCUCACCAGAAUAGUGUAGCCCAAGGGAAGACUUGUGAUCAUAACAACCUUAAAGCUGUUCUUACUCCACGUCCAGAGGGCCGCGGCCCCGCGGGCCCCGCGACCCCGGCGUGAGCGGUCCCUUCUUUUCUACUCGUCUGUCCAACAGGGGCGAUAUUUUCAACCAGUGUAUAAGUGGCUUUUCAAUUGCACAUUAUAAUCUUCCGACUUCACAUUCGGCAUCAGUCUGGUGGGUUCAGGCGCUUCGCUCAUCGUAGGACUUCAGAGGAUCGACACAUAUGCAACGGGCGGCUCCCCGGGUCGCCGGCCCCGGGUCGCCGGCGUGUUCUAGACGCGUGGUUUGCUUCUGUCGUAGUCGUAGACGGACCCGUCGCCCACCGGCCUCCCCUGGGGGUCCGGGGUCCGGCCCCGGGGUACCAGGGGUCCGGCCCUGGGGGUACCGGGGGUCCGGCCCUGGGGGUCCGGCCCCGCAGGGUACCAGGGGUUCGGCCCUGGGGGUCCCGGGAUACCAGGGGUCCCCGGGGUACCAGGGGUCCGGCCCCACAGGGUCCCGGGGUACCAGGGGUCCGGCCCCACAGGGUCCCGGGGUACCAGGGGUCCGGCCUCGCAGGGUCCCGGGGUACCAGGGGUUCGGCCCUGGGGGCCCCGGGAUACCAGGGGUCCGGGGGGCGGCCGGCGCCGCCAGAGCAGCAGCCGGUUAGUUGCCGUGUAAUUCUGUAGGAGUAAAAAGGUAAAACAUCAGUAAAUACUGUAUUUAAUUGGUCACUUGAAUGCGUGUAUUUUUUUGAAAUUUCUUUUGUCUAAAACAAAACCAAAUACUCCUGCAAAUGAAAAUAUUCUGCCCACCGUAUUAUAUUUAAAUAUUUUGCUCUUAUUUUAUAGAAUUUAUUUUGUUGUAUUUCACUAAAAAUAGAUUUUGAUUUAAGAGGAACAUUUUUGUCCUUGUGUUAUUUUUAAAGAAGAAUAUCGACUGUACAGAGUUCUGCGCCCUGUUUUUUGCCGACUUUUGUUUUGGCCAUGGUGUGACGUUGAAUUCUGGAGCUGCAGUCGCGAUGUGGACUUUCACUUUGUGAGGUUUUUUGUGCACAGAAAUAUAACAGAAAAGCAUUGCGCCCUUAGCAAAUAAAAACAUGGAAUCUUG